AUGGGGGCUGUGCGGGAGCCUGGCUCAAGCAUCCUCACGGUGCUUGUCCCCAGCAGGGGUCUGGCUGCUGUCCUGAGGACGCUGCCCAUGUUUCAUGACGAGGAGCACGCCCGGGACUGCGGUCUGCCUGAGGACGUCCUGGUGCUGCCCCCCGCCAGCCCCGGCCAGAGGGUCAUCUACAGGGUGCUGGAGUGCCAGCCCCUCUUCGACUCCAGCGACAUGACCAUCACUGAGUGGGUUCAGAUCGCCCAGACCAUAGAGAGACACUACGAGCAGUACCAUGGCUUUGUGGUCAUUCAUGGCACCGACACCAUGGCCUUCGCCGCCUCUGUGCUCUCUUUCGUGCUGGAAAACCUGCAGAAGACCGUCAUCCUCACGGGUGCCCAGGUGUCCAUCCAUGCCCUAUGGAGCGAUGGCCGCGAGAACCUGCUGGGAGCACUGCUUAUGGCAGGCCAGUACGUGAUCCCUGAGGUCUGCCUGUUCUUCCAGAAUCAGCUGUUUCGAGGCAAUCGAACCACCAAGGUGGACGCACGGAGGUUCGCGGCUUUCUGCUCCCCCAACCUGCCACCUCUGGCCACCGUGGGUGCUGAUAUCACAAUCAACAGACAGCUGGUGCGGAAGGUUGGCGGGCAGGAGGGGCUGGUGGUGCACAGCGACAUGGAGCGCGACGUGGGCCUGCUGCGUCUCUACCCUGGGAUCCCCGCUGCACUGGUCCGGGCCUUCCUGCAGCCUCCCCUGAAAGGUGUGGUCCUGGAGACCUUCGGCUCAGGGAACGGGCCCACCAAGCCCGACCUGCUGCAGGAGUUUCGGGCAGCCGCUGAGCGCGGCCUGGUCAUCAUCAACUGCACCCACUGCCUGCAGGGAUCUGUGACCUUGGACUACGCAGCUGGCAUGGCCAUGGCGGAGGCCGGCAUCAUCUCAGGCUUCGACAUGACAUCAGAGGCUGCCCUGGCCAAACUGGCGUACGUGCUGGGCCGGCCAGGACUGAGCCUGGACGCUAGGAAGGAGCUGCUGGCCAAGGACCUUCGGGGGGAGAUGACGCCACCUGUGGUGGCCGAGCACCGGCCCUCGCUGCAGGACAGCAUGCUGGGACGUGGGGUCACAGGGCUCCUCAGUCUGAGUGGCAGUCAGGAGGCCGAUGCUAUGCGGGACGCCCUGAUGCCCAGCCUGGCCUGUGCUGCGGCCCACAUUGGUGACCUGGAGGCUCUGCGGUUGCUUAUAGAGCUGGGCAGUGACCUGAACCUGGAUAACUUUAACGGUCAAACCCCAUUGCAUGCGGCUGCCCGGGGGGGCCAUGCUGGGGCGGUCACCAUGCUGUUGCAGAGAGGUGUGGAUGUGAACACCCGGGACCAGGAUGGCCUCAGCCCACUGCUGCUGGCAGUGAAGGGCAGGCAUCGGGGCAUCAUUGGGCUGCUGCGGGCAGCCGGAGCCUGCCUGUCCCCCCAGGAGCUGGAGGACACAGGGACAGAGCUGUGCAGGCUUGCAUCCAGAGCAGACAGUGAAGGCCUGCAGGCGUGGUGGCAGGCGGGGGCCGACCUGGGGCAGCCGGGCUAUGACGGGCACAGCGCCCUGCACGUCGCAGAGGCAGCUGGCAACCUGGACGUGGUGGCCCUCCUACAGAGCCUUGAAGGUAGUGUUAGUGCCCAGGACCCAGGCCCAGAAGUGCUGCCUGGCGUCUAACUUGAAGUUGUCCAGCUGUAGUGCAAGCCAUUCCUUCCUGUUGGGACCUGCUGGCGCAAUCUCAGGCA